GUCUCAAGUGCACCUCUGAAAAUCCCAUGGUCAGCAUGAAUCCCAUUCGCCUAAAGCUCCUUGCUGUGGCUAUGCUUCUGUCUUUGCUCUGUGCCAUGGAGGUCCAAACAGCUCCAUUGGAGGAGAACUGGGCCUCAGGCAUAAUACAUCGUGCAAAGCGUUCGUUGCUAUGGCGAUGGAACACCCUGAAACCUGUGGGUGCCAGUUGUAGACACUUCUCGGAGUGUGCCACCAAUUACUGCAGAAGAAACGUCUGUACCUUCCCAAGCGUUUCCUCUUAAA